UACGAUGGGAUUUACAUAGUUGUCAGAUUUAUAUUUUUUCUGGAUAUAUGUCAUUACAAAUAGAUAUUGUCAAUAGAUAAAGUAUAUUUAUAUCGUCGAUAUGUCUGUAUUUUAAUUAAGCUAAUAAUAAAACAUUAAUAUGUAUGAUGUAGUGAAUUCAUUAAAUACAUGGUUACGACAAAAAAAAAACAUUAUAAUGACGGGAAAGCGAUUCGACGUUAAUAUUUGAAAUAAAAUCUAAUUUUAGUAGAGAAAUGUACAACGAAACGUUUGUAAACGUUAGACACUACAGACUAAUUUGUGUUUAGUUUCCGCGAAGUGAAAAAUCUGUUGAAAUAGUUCGUGGAAAAAUACGUAUUUUGAUGAUAAACUGUUGUGCAUCAUUCAAAAUAGUUUUAUUUGGUAAAUAAAGAGGGGAGUGUAAUAUUUUAAAUUUUGAUUUGGAAUCGAAUACAAGGUCGACCAGUUGUACGUUAUACGUUAGCGACUUUCGUACUUUUCUUUUAAAAUGUUGUACGGAAGUAAUUGAACUAAAUAUAACAAGAUGAAGUCGAAAUCUAUGAAUUAUGCAUAUGUUGUUGUACUCACAGGUAACAUAAUCAGUUUCGUGGCUGGUACCGUCCUAACUUGGUCGUCUCCGGUACUAGAUCGACUCGGCAACGAAACGACAACGCCAUUCGAUCAUCCCGUAACUUUAGAAGAACGAUCUUGGAUAUCAUCUUUCUUUCCAUUAGGAGCCAUAUUCGGACCGUUCAUUUUCGGUUAUUUAUCCGACAAAAUCGGAAGAAAAAAAACUUUACUCAUAUCCGGUAUACCUUUCAUAGUUUCUUAUUAUUUAUUAGCGUUCGGUAGACACGUUCCGGUAUAUUACGCCGCCAGAUUCGUGCUGGGUGCGGCGCUAGGCGGGGUUUAUACGGUAAUUCCCAUGUACGUCGGAGAAGUGGCCGACAAUUCGAACAGAGGCACCUUGGGAUCAAUGAUGAACUGCCUCUUAUGCUUGGGGAUAUUUUUUUCUUAUUGUUUAGGUCCUUUCGUCGGUUUAACCGUAUUCAAUAUCGUAUUAGGUACUGUCCCCGUAUUAUUUCUCGUGCUAUUUUCGCUCGCGGCGCCGGAAAGUCCGAUUUAUUUGAUCGAUAAGGAUUAUCAUAACGAAGCCAAGGAUUGUCUUCGAAAAAUACGCGGACCCGCCGCGAAUAUAAACCUCGAAAUCGAAAUGAUUCGGAUGAAAAAAGAAGAAGACGGCGAGGGUAGUUUCAGAGAUAUCUUCAAAUCGAGAAAUUUGACCAAAGCUCUGAUUAUUACCGUGGGGUUGGUGGUGUUUCAACAAUUUUCGGGGGUGAUAGCGGUAUUUUUUUACGCCCAAACCAUAUUCGAACAAGCGGGUAGUUCUUUGGAACCUGCGGUAUGUUCCAUAAUUAUCGGGACCGUUCAAUUUGUAACUAGUUUUAUUACCCCCGUAUUAGUUGAUCGAUGGGGUAGGAAAUUAUUGUUACUCGUAUCGGCUGUCGGUAUGGCGGUUUCCGAAAUUAUAUUGGGCGCGUAUUGUGUGCUUAAAGAUAAUAAACACGACGUUUCGAAUAUUUCGUUUUUACCGAUAGUUUGUUUGGUGACUUAUAUUUUGAUGUACAAUUGCGGUUAUGGGCCUUUGCCGUGGGUCAUAAUGGGGGAAAUAUUCCCGCCCAAUGUCAAAUCCUCGGCCUCUUCUAUCACAGCUGCCGUUUGUUGGAUAGCGGGUUUCGUAACGGGGAAAUAUUUUGAAUCUUUGGUGGUUGGUGUCGGCAUAGGGAUUUCCUUUUUUAUUUUUUCCGGUUUUUGUUUGGCGGCUAUUCCGUUCGGUAUAUUUUUCGUUGUCGAAACCAAGGGUAAAACUGUUUUGGAAAUACAAAAGGCUCUGGGUUGAAAAUUAUACUCGAAUUCCGAAUUUCAAUAAAUUAUUUCAAUAAAAA